AUGAGCUACUACGGCAACUACUCCGGAGGCCUGGGCUACGGCUGUGGUUGUGGCUACGGUGGUCUGGGCUGUGGCUACGGCUGUGGUCGUGGCUACGGUGGUCUGGGCUGUGGCUACGGCUGUGGUUGUGGCUAUGGUGGUUAUGGAUACUCCUGCUACCGCCCACGCUGCUAUGGAAGAUACUGGUCUUAUGGGUUCUAUUGA